AUGCUGAUUCCACCGCUUGCCCGCGCCGCCAGCCGGCCGGGCCUCCCACCUUGGAGCUUGAGCUCCCUCUUGCGCCCACACCCGCUCUGCCACUCCACCCGCGUCUUUACCUCCUCUCCUCUGCACAGAAAACAUGUCCACGGCCGGCGGACCGCGCCCGGCUCGCAACAAGCGCUGCAAGACACCAGCCCCGCCAAACCUGCGAACAGCCCCGCCCAAGCCAAGGUGGACAAAUCCAUGGACCCCUUGCUCGGCGAGAGGAACUUGACCAACAAGGAGCAGCGCAAGGCAGACUGGACGAUCAUAAAAGAGAUGACUAAAUACCUCUGGCCCAAGGACAAUUAUGGCACAAGGUUCAGGGUUGGACUGAGUGUCGCACUGCUGCUGAGCGCAAAGUUGCUCAAUGUGCAAGUGCCUUUCUACUUCAAGAGCAUCGUAGACUCGAUGAACAUAGACUUUGCUGCUGUUGGAGGCACCGCAACCACUGUGGCAGGCUCCAUGAUCAUGGCUUACGGCUUGACCAGAAUCGGUGCCACUGUAUCUCAAGAGCUUCGUAAUGCUGUGUUUGCAAGUGUGGCACAGAAGGCAAUUCGCAAGGUUGCAUGCAGUGUCUACGAGCACUUGCUGAGACUCGAUCUGAACUUCCACCUGACAAGACAGACCGGAGGCUUGACCCGGGCAAUUGACCGCGGUACCAAGGCUAUCAGUUUCCUCCUGUCUUCCAUGGUCUUCCACAUAUUCCCCACAGCGCUGGAGAUCUCGUUGGUGUGCGGUAUUCUAACCUACCAAUACGGCUGGCAGUUUGCCCUAAUCACGAGCGCCACCAUGGCGACUUACGCGGCAUUUACCAUCUUGACUACAUCGUGGCGAACAAAGUUCAGGAAGCAGGCCAAUGCUGCGGAUAACAAGGCAGCCACUGUCGCUGUGGACUCUCUGAUCAACUACGAGGCUGUAAAGUACUUCAACAACGAAAAGUAUGAAGUCGGUCGCUACAACGCCGCUCUCACAGCCUACGAGAAAGCCUCCAUCAAGGUCGCCACUUCGCUUGCUCUACUCAACUCUGGUCAGAACAUCAUCUUCUCGUCAGCCCUGACCGCCAUGAUGUACCUUGCCUGCAACGGUGUCGCAACCGGAACCAUGACCGUUGGCGAUCUCGUCAUGGUCAACCAACUCGUCUUUCAACUUUCCGUCCCCUUGAACUUCCUCGGCUCCAUGUACCGUGAGCUGCGCCAAUCGCUGUUAGACAUGGACACGCUCUUCAGCCUGCAGAAAACCAAUGUCGCGGUUCAAGACAAGCCAGACGCCAAACCGCUUCUUCUCACCAAGGGCGAAAUCAAGUUUGAGAAUGUUUCUUUUGGCUACCGCCCCGACCGUCCUAUCCUCAAGAACUUGAACCUCACUAUCCCUGCCGGCAAGAAAAUCGCCGUCGUCGGUCCCUCUGGCUGCGGAAAAUCCACAAUCCUGCGCUUGCUCUUCCGUUACUACGAUGCACAAGAAGGACGCGUUCUGAUUGAUGGACAGGACAUUCGCGACGUGUCGCUGGAAAGCCUGCGUAAAGCAAUAGGCGUGGUACCACAAGACACGCCGCUGUUCAACAACACCAUCGGCCACAACAUCAAAUACGGCAACAUGGAAGCCAGCCAGGAGCAGAUUGUGCAAGCCGCAAAACGCGCACACGUGCACGACACCAUCAGCUCGUUCCCAGACGGCUACGAGACCAUGGUCGGCGAGCGCGGCCUGAUGAUCUCAGGCGGCGAGAAACAGCGUCUCGCCGUCUCCAGACUGAUUCUCAAAGACCCACCUCUGCUAUUCUUCGACGAAGCGACAUCCGCGCUCGACACACACACCGAGCAAGCCCUCCUGACCCACAUCAACUCGCUCGUGCGCGAGAAGAAACGCACGUCCGUUUUCAUCGCGCACCGCCUGCGCACCAUCUACGACUCGGACGUCAUCAUCGUGCUGAAAGCCGGCGGCGUCGCGGAGCAGGGGACGCACCAGGAGCUGAUUGAUCGCGAUGGACUGUACAGCGAGUUGUGGAGCGCGCAGGAGACGAUGUUUGUCGAGGCCAAGGACGAAGGGGAGGAGGUGGAGAAAGCGGAGAGGAAGAAGAAGUAG